GGGAGUUUCUCUCAGUUUGAUGAUAGCUGGCGAAGUUUAGAGGCAAAAACCGAAACUCAUGACAUCCACGAAGGAGUCGCUGUCCGCAAAAUAACUUCACUCUUCCUCAUGGAUAUAAAUUAAGCCCGUGAAAUACAUACACUGGGUACGGUGAGCCGGUGUGAAAGGCGGUGUUUCUAUUGGCUUUACGGACAGCAACGACGAUGCCCAUUUAAACAGGGAAGUUUUCUGGGGGUGUUUUGACAGAGAGAGGCCCAAGACAUGAUGUCCAUUGGAGCUGAUAGCUGACACUGUAGAAUGAGAGAGGAUGGAGCAGAUAGACAGCCCUGCCCCUGUGAGCAACAACCCUAAUGGGUUUGUCAACCGAGUGUUUAAUGUUUCUCUGGAUGUGGAGAAUGAGACCAGCAGUGUUUGUAUUCAGGAGGCUGGGCCAGGACCUGCAGAGGGGCAGGGAGAGACCCAAGCUGCAUCUUCUCAGACCCCUGUCAAGGACAGCCAGGAGGUCAACCGGAGGCCCCGUGCCACAGGGGGCAUCUGGAAGAUCUUGAACCGAAAGAGAGCUGGUUCAGAGCUGGAGCGCAGACCCCACUCCAUGAUCCUACCCGGGGAGGCUUCCAUCCCUAAACUCUCUUUUGCUGACAAAGUUCGCUCCUUCAAGAAGCUUAAAUCGCCCUCUGUGUUUCGUGGCAAGACAGGGAAAUUGUCCACUGCCAAGUUCAGCAGCUCCUUGGUGGAUGAGGAAUCUUUCUGCCAUGAUAUUGGCACUCCUCAGCAGUCCAGCAGGGGCGCACUAAGACACCGUGGCAAGAGGCACUCCUAUGCUGGCUACACAGCAGAAUUUGACUGCUCAUUCGAAGACAUCGACCUCACGACUCCUAUAGACUGCCACCAGCCCACUGUAGUGGGAGAGGCUGUGACUCAGAAUGGUUGUAAAGCAUCAGAAAGAGUUUGCUAUACUAAAAGAAGCCAAAACAACUCAACCAACUGUAACAAAGCAGCUUCAGGCUGUGAAGAGCCGAGCAUUAAAGGUAGCCCGAGCACCCACCAGGGUAGAGGAAGGAGGCAAAAAGAUGUGUGGAGUUACUUGAGGAGGAUUUCCCUUUUGGGGAAGACCAAUCCUGUUUACUCUGAGAGGAGCUUUGACUCUGAGCUUCACUCUUUCGAAAAGACCAUGGACUCAGACUACGGUUCUGUAGACUUUGAGAGCAUCAGAGACUUUCAACCACCGCCCCCGAAACACUCUGACACCAAGGGGCACUUUGGUGGUCUGUUCAAGUUUUUCAACAGUGUAGCAGAGUCAGCCAGAAAAUGGCGGACCACAUCACACUCUUUCUCUCCUCCAGAGGGAGAGGGGACACCGGUGAGCUCCCCACGGGGCCCACAGCCCACAGUGGACAACAUUCACAGUGUGUCCCUGACACUCCACAGUGAUGGACUUCCAAAAUCCCAACCAUCAUCACCAGUGACCGCUAAAUCCUCACAGCCCAGUAGCCUUGACAGCGAGGCUCCAGCACCUGUGACAGGUGGACGAUCCCCUAAGGUUGUGCUGAAAGCCUUUAGGGCAUGCCCAGGAUCUCCAGCUGUCAAUGGCCUUCAAAGUUCUGAGGGCGCAGACAAACAUUUUGAGACAAACCACAGGUCCACAGCUAUAGUAGAGAAUCAUAUCCUCCAGUCAGGUCCAACCACAGAGACUAAAGAAGAAGCAGAGGUUGAAAAGGAUCCAUUAAACUGUCUCUGUCAAGAGGAAAAGGUAGAGGGACAGACAGGAAAUGAGCAGAAUUCCAGGGAAUGUCCACCUGGCCCCGACCAGUUACAGGAAGGGAAUGUCCAAUCACAACAAGGUGAUAAAGUAAGAACCCCCAAUGGCGUACCAGCAUCAGAUUCCACAGAGGAAAUAUUUAAGCUGUGUGAGCAGAUUGCAAGCCAGGCAGGCUGCGGUGUGAGACAGCCGUGCCCAGCCGUGCCCCACUCUAGCACAGAGAAGACCUCUGUACCUCACAAGCCCCCACGCCCUCGUCCCCGCCCGGCCUCAGCUAUACUGGACCUGCGGAGGCCCAACCUGGACCCGGAUCCCUACAAUCACUACAGUGAGGUUGGUUCACUAUGCCGGCGGAGACGCAGGCCUGGUCCCGUCAUGCAACACUCUCCGGGGCAGAGGCGGAAGGCUGCUCGCUCCAGGCCUUGCUCUGUCAUAGAGACCAGUGGCACUAGGGAGAUGCAGUCCACGGAGCUGCACCACAGAGCCUUGUCUCGCCCCCCGGGUGUGUCACCGUUAGAGCCCCCACUAAGGGCAUCUCUCCAGCGGUGCCGCUCCCUGCCGCUAUCCGCCACCACCCUCUCUGCCUUGGCGCGGCUCCUGCCUCAGUCAGACACGGGCCAAUUGUCAUCGUCGGUGCGUAUGCGGUCUGGAGGCUCUGGCAGCUGCAGGAGGAGGAGGCUGUUGAGACCCGGUUCAGAACCACUGCAGGUCAACAUUUUGAUAAGUGGAGGUUCAAUCGUCAACGCUGAGGCGGUAUGGGACCAUGUGACCAUGGCGGACCGGGAGUUGGCGUUUAAGGCCGGUGAUGUCAUCAAGGUGCUGGACGCCUCCAACAAGGACUGGUGGUGGGGCCAGAUUGACGAGGAGGAAGGAUGGUUCCCUGCCAGCUUUGUACGGGUGGAACCCCACCCUCCUCAGCCCCAAACAAAACAGGUUUUCUAUAUCAACCCCAUAGCAACUCCACGGUUCCAAAACACCACGUCAAAGCUGUGGGUGAACCAGGAGGAUGGGGGAGCAGAGCCAGCCGAGAGGACCAGCGAGGUGCAGAACGGGCACCUGGACCCGACCAAUGACUGCCUGUGUCUGGGCUCGCCCCUCCAGAACCGAGACCAGAUGAGAGCCAACGUCAUCAAUGAGAUCAUGAGCACAGAGAGACACUACAUCAAACACCUCAAGGACAUCUGUGAGGGCUACCUGCGCCAGUGCAGGAAGCGUGUGGACAUGUUCAAUGAUGACCAGCUGAAGGUCAUCUUUGGGAACAUCGAGGACAUCUACCGCUUCCAGAUGGGCUUUGUUAGAGACUUGGAGAAACAGUACAACACAGACGACCCCCACCUCUCUGAAAUCGGACCGUGCUUUUUAGAACACCAAGAUGGUUUUUGGAUCUAUUCAGAAUACUGUAACAACCACUUGGAUGCGUGUAUGGAGCUGAGCAAACUGAUGAGGGAUGGAAGGUAUCAACACUUCUUCGAGGCCUGUCGCCUCCUCCAGCAAAUGAUUGACAUUGCCAUCGAUGGCUUUUUGCUCACUCCAGUCCAGAAGAUCUGCAAAUAUCCACUCCAGCUGGCUGAGCUUCUCAAAUACACCGCGCAGGAGCACAGUGAUUAUCGAUACGUGGCAGCAGCACUGGCAGUAAUGCGGAACGUCACUCAGCAGAUCAACGAGAGGAAGAGGAGACUGGAGAACAUCGACAAGAUCGCCCAGUGGCAAGCCUCCGUUCUGGACUGGGAGGGGGACGAUAUCUUGGACAGGAGCUCGGAGCUCAUCUACACUGGAGAGUUGUCAUGGAUCUAUCAGCCGUAUGGACGCAGCCAGCAGCGAGUCUUCUUCCUCUUUGAUCACCAGCUGGUCCUCUGUAAGAAGGAUCUGAUACGUCGGGACAUCCUGUACUAUAAGGGCCGCAUCGACAUGGAUCGCUACGACGUGCGGGACGCCAUAGACGGGCGCGACGACGACUUCAACGUCAGCGUGAAGAACGCCUUCAAAUUGUGCAACAAAGACAGCGAGGAGAUCCACAUCUUCCUGGCCAAGAAGCCGGAGGAGAAGAUCCGCUGGCUCAGGGCCUUCCACGAGGAGAGGAAGAUGGUGCAGGAGGAUGAGAAAAUCGGUUUCGAGAUCUCUGAGUACCAGAAGCGGCAGGCGGCCAUGACAGUGAGAAAGGUUACCAAACAGAAAGGUGUAAACAGGUGCACGCCCCCCUCAUACCCGCCCCCCCAGGACCCCCUCAGUGCGGGGCAUUAUGAGGUAACGGAGGACUUGGCACAAGGAGAGGUUUUUGAAUUCAGUCAAUCCAAAAGAGGCCAGGCUCCUUUCUGGCAGAAUUUUAGUAGAUUAGCUCCAUUUAAGAAAUAGAGAUACACGGACUCUUCUGAAGGACAAGCUAUUUUUCUUAGACGCACUAAACACUGGAUGAUCCUGUCCCCUGAUGAAGAAAAAUAUGAAAAAACACACACACACAAGAGACUUUUGAAAAUUAAGGACCAUUGUUAAUAUAGAGUGUGAUUGGAAGCAGCAAGAGGACUGAAGACUUGGAUUUAAAACUUAAAAAUAAAACUUUACAAAUCAUAUAUGUUAGUAACGUUAUUAGUUAUCAUGCUUCUCCAGCUGAUUCAUGAACUCUUUCCCUCGGAUUCUGCAUCUUCACGCCAUCUGAAUGUCCUGGAGUUAUGUACAUUGUUAUAUUAAUUCAUUUUUAAUCCAUCGUCUGGAUAGAAACACAAGGCGGAGCCGGGGCGUUCCUAGUGGUAUGAUUGUGUCGAGAAUAGCUGAGGUCUCGCUGUGCUGCUAUGUGAGAUUGCUUGUUUGCAUUCUUCUGAAUGUGAGAUUGAAUAAUUGACAGGCCUCAGCUAACUGGCUGCGGCGUCUGAAGGACCCGCGAAGCUCGACUGUCGGCAUCAUCUCUGCGUUAGAUCCAUUCUGCCACCGAUCACAGACCAGCCAUCUCUGCGUCUGGAUCUCCCCCUUCACUCUCCAUGUUCCCCUCUCUAGCUGUUCGCAUUAUAGUAGCCCUCUCUUCACCGAGUAUGACGUUCACAGUGUUUCCCUCGCUGCUCUGCAUCCCUCUCUAUCUCUCUACCCAGCUGCUCCAGCCUCUGUGAGUCAGUGGCUCUCAGAGGAAGAGCUUCAUUCUUUUGGAAGCCUGCCAUUGGCCAUGAUACGAAGGGUCAGGGAAAAAAUCAAUAGUUGGGAACAUCAAUAGAAUAUUUACAUCCUUUCACCAACCACUUUUGACAGGGUAUUCAUAACCGAUCACACCGAGGGGGCCGUGGGGUUUGACGAGCGAGCUCGCCCGCUCAGAUGAUACAGCUGGGAGCAGGAGAUACGGCAGACUAUUCGGUCCACCUGCCUUGUGUCAGAGCCCCUCUCCCCCUCCCCCCCCCCCACACUCUCUCCCCAGAGACCACCCCUGUAGCACUGUGCUGGCAGCUCACUGGGCGUUUGGAAAGAGAACAGCCUACCUCCGGGAAAUUCACUGAGAGCUGAAAAGUGAAGUUAAAAAGCAUUGGCCAAGGUCUAAAAUGAUUUUCCACGUCAGCUGUCAAAGAAUAAAUAAAAGACUCCUUCAGUUAAUAAUUUUGUAUUGCUCACGUUGUAAAAAAAGCACAGCACACAUUCAGUACUUUUUCUCUCGUUUGAGUAGGAGCGACGCAAAAACGCGCCCCAGUGUGAGAAAUUAGAACGAACCCUCAACCAGCACACGGGGAAACGGUCACGGCAAAAUGGCAACCAUGAAAGAGCGUACGCUGCAGAAGUGUGAGCCGACACCAUAGGGAGGCAGGAAAGGUGAAUUUAAUGUGUAGCAUGCAGGUGUCCUCUGGAAGGUUUAUCUCUAAAGACCUCAGCUUCAAAUCUCGGCACUCCUCCCCCCCGUUGUUUCUCCCGAUGUGAUCCAUGUUGGGGCAGUUAGUGGAAGUGAUUUACAGAGCGACUGUGGCCUGCUCACAUUUAUUUGUUCAAACAAUGUCCCCGAAGCAGCUUUGGGCGCGAUCCCGCCAUAUGCUACUACAACAGAGGUGUUAGGAGAGAGAAGAUCCACUGAGGAGAAACGAUUUACACAUCAUGGAGGUAUAUUCUUUUCUACAGUUGGAAUGUAAGUGACACAUGAGUCCACGGUUCGUGAUCAUAUCUUAAAACCUCAGAUACAGAAGUACAUUUUGUGUUGAAUUAUAUCACCUGAUGGACAGUACAUAUAUGACAACUUGUGCAAUGUGAUAUAUCAUUAUAUACCUUCACUGUUCACUACGACGUGAUAUGAAAGAGUUAUAUAUCGUUCUAUGUCAUUUGUUUGCCUUCUUAUAGGCCUUAUAACCUAUUGGAGAAAAAAAAAGACCUUAGAAUUGCUUUGUAUGUUGUGUAAUUUAUGUUUUGUUUCAGUAAAAGAAAGUUGAGAAA